UGCAUGGCCAGAAAUAUUGAACCACGCGCAUGCGCGCUAAUAACCAGAAGUUGAACUAACGGCUUUCAAGAAACAACGAAGUUUGUUAAGAAAUUACUUACGCGUAACCCUAAAACGAAUUUUUAACCGUAUCCGAAUGUGAAAAUGAAAAAACCUGCAUCGGAAUCGUAUUUUUCAAAGAUUUAACAUAACAGAUAUAGAAUAAUGUUCGACACAUAAUGAAAAAAUAGUUCGGUUUUGUAGGUUUUAAAAAUAGCGUUUUCAUUGUGUUGUUCGCUAAAUGCAUCUGAAUAAAAUAACGUAAAUUUGUCUCAGACACCCUUGAAAUAAAACCUAGCACUCAGUAAUAACAUCUCUUGGCUCAAAACCUGCAUCGGAAUCAUAAUAAAGACAUGUUUACCUUGAGUCUUCAUCGAGAAGAUUGUCUUUACCGCUUCAUCGUAAUUCGGUUUUUGCGAUAUAAAACGCAUGAUCUCCCUUGAAGUUUUGUUCGUAGUUUCCUGGCAUUCGAAUGAUAAAUCGAACGUUUGUCGAGAAAGUUGAAGCAUUUUAUCGCGCGCCUUCUCUUUGAAAACUGGCUGUUGAUGUUGCUACGAAUUGUCUAAGACUGCCGGGAGCCCUGUAUUGCUAAAGGCCGUUCCUCUCCAGGCUUUAUCUGUCAAUCAUUUUGAAAUUUAGCGGGAAUUUCAUUGGCGGGUAGUUCAUGAAUGAAGUUGUAGUUUCAUCGUAGUACGCGCGAAGUAAAAAAAUACUACGCAAUGUUUACAGUUUAUAAUGACUGAGUAAUCAAAGAAAUGGCGACGUAACGAGAAAACAAAAACACCAGUCCGGUAGGUUUUCAUCCUGGCAACACACUAUGUCGGAUAUAUUACAAAGGACGGAUCCAUUCUUUGAGUUUUUACUGACGGAAAGUGACUCCAGGUACGAGCACAAGCAACGCCUUGCAGAAAACGAUGUAAUCGGUUAUAUAACUUUGCCGCGACCCCUCCUUGCUGGCUGGUAUUUAAUCAAAACGAAGGACAUUCGGUACAUCGACCUGCUAAACAAGUCUAUAGAGGCCACUCUGAAGAUCAGCUCAGAAAGCGUCUUACUUGAAAAAAGAUUGGACGAUCUAUGCAGGAGAAGUUCGGCACAGAAAAAGAAACUAAACGUACGGGGAUCGGUGAAACAGCGCUUGGACUUUUGCACCAGCGCUUGCAAAGUCCGACUCUUGAGGAAAGAAGUUGUAGAAAUAAAGGAUUUGGUGGAAGAACGAGUCGAGUCACUUAAUGAAAAGAACAAAGCCACUGUAGAAAGUGUUCUAUUUUUGAUGGACAAAUUUGGUGUUGGGGAUGAUUUUAUCCAAAAGGUGUCAAGAAUAGUUGAUGGCUUCCCUAGAGGCUAUAUCAUAAAACAGUGUCGCUCAGAGCUCAAUAAACAGUGCAACAUCAGGCCCACUCCAGGACAAGUUCCAGGAGCCCAGUUCUCUUUCAAGGAGAGACUGGUAGAGCAAAUCAAGAGUCUGAGAGCAAGUGGUAUGGUUACAGACCAUGUCAGGAUAAAGCUCAGUGGUGACGGGGCCAGAAUGAGCCGCUCCUCAAAUUUCACCCUUUUUAGCUUUGCAAUACUGAAUGCACCUGAUGAUCUGCUUUCCUCGAAAGGUACACACACAGUGGCAGUUAUCAAUGGUCCAGAGAAGUAUGAGACAAUAGCAGAGAGCUUGAAAGAUGUUCUUGAAGAAAUUGAUGCAGUGCAAGAUGAUAGCUAUGUAGAACUUGAUGGCAAGAAGAUAAAUGUAGAGUUCUUUCUGGGCGGAGACUAUAAGUUCCUCUUACAAACAAUGGGUUUGAGUGCUGCAAACUCAGCAUAUGCUUGUCUUUGGUGCAAAGUUCACAAGAAAGACAGAGGUGAUAUGAGCAAGGAUGAUGAGUAUUAUGAGAAGGACCCACUACGCAGGACCCUACAGGAUAUUAUUGAGUGUGGAAAAAGAAAGAAGGGAGAGAAUUACUGCUGUGUAAAUAAACCCCUAUUCAACAUUGAACCUGACCACAUACUAAUAGAUGAGCUCCACUUAAUGCUGAGGGUGACAGACAUCCUGAUAGAUAAUGCAAUAGAAGAUGCAAUGCAGUGGGAUGAAAAGGAAAAGAUCAGUAAAAGAUCAAACAAAGGAAGCACAAGCCAUCUGAGUCAAUUAGUACAAACUAUACGGUUGUGUGGGGUAUCAUUUCAAGUGUGGGAGAAGCUUAAUGCAGAUGGUAGGGGAAGUGGUACCUAUGACUUCACAAGUUUGAUGGGUAGCGAUAGAAAGAAACUUCUGAAAAAGCUCCCAGAGAAGCUCAUUGGUGUCCCACAGCCAUCUACAGCUGCUAGGGUUGCAGAAAUCUGGAAGGAUUUCCACCAUUUGUAUUUUGAUUGUGUUUCUAACUGGAAACCACCAUCCAUGGAAGUCUAUCAAAAAGAGGCUAAAGAAUGGAUAACCAAAUUCGGUAGCCUUGGUGAUGUGAGGCUUGGCUACAAAAAAGAGCGAGUGACAUGCUACAUGCAUGUUGCAGCCUAUCAUGUUCCAGCCAUGAUAAGGCGCUAUCAAAACCUGAAGCAGUUUAGUGGUCAAGGUCUGGAGAAAAAUAAUGAUGAUGCAAGAAGAGUGGUUUUGAGGAAAUCUAACCACCUUGAUGACCCCUGUGAGGUUCUGCAAGCAGAGUUUAGGUUGGGCAAGCUAAAGCACAGGGAGAAACUCCCUCGUCCCUAUGUCAAACGAAAUGCCCAAUAUUGGGAAGAGGAAAUUAAGAUAAAGCGAAGACGAGGGAACACAAAUUAAGGCUCUACUAACUUUAUUUGUCACCAAGUGCAACUUUAACGAAAGAAACUGUUACUUUCUCUUGAAAAGCCCUAGGUAAUAAAACUGGCAGGGGUUGUCUGGAGUAUUUCUUUGUUGUAAAGCUAACAAAGCUUCUAACCUUCAUGGGAUAAAAUACUUUGAUCCCCUGUCCAUGCAUGUCAGCCAGCUGAUCCCAGCCCUUUGGAAAAUAUGUGGCAGGGAACUGAUCUCUUUCGAGAUAAUGCCAAUUGGAGUCAUUAAAAUUAAAUAAAUAUCUAAAAACAUC